GGCCGCCCAGCUAGGAGCGCGUAGCUCUCGCAGUGCGGCCCAGAAGAGAAGUCAGAAACACUAAGGGGAUUCGCAGACCCUACGUGCACCAGACUGCUGGGAACCCCUGAAGGGGAAGUCUCUGUAUUGAGGACUUAGAAGAACCCUCCAUCCUUAGGAACUUGGGGACAGCUGCUCUGGAAACGGUGUGGAAGUUAAGAAGACUGUCGCUGUGGUGGGGACCUGAGAACACUACUUCAAUCCCAAUGUUGCCCUGACAUUUGUAUCUAAGAUUCAAGAAGAUUGAGAUUAAAAAGAUGCCUCAGGAACAGUACCCACACCACAGGAGCACCAUGCCCAGCUCAGAGGGGCCACACAUAUACAAAGUGGGGAUUUACGGCUGGAGGAAAAGAUGCCUGUAUUUCUUUGUCCUGCUCCUCAUGAUUUUAAUCCUGGUGAACUUGGCCAUGACUAUCUGGAUUCUCAAAGUCAUGAACUUCACAAUUGAUGGAAUGGGGAACUUAAGAAUCACAGAAAAGGGUCUGAAGCUAGAAGGAGACUCAGAAUUCUUACAACCUCUCUACGCCAAAGAAAUCCAGUCCCGACCAGGUAAUGCCCUCUACUUCAAAUCUGCCAGGAACGUGACAGUGAACAUUCUCAAUGACCAGACGAAAGUGCUGACUCGGCUGGUGACAGGUCCGAAGGCUGUGGAAGCCUAUGGCAAAAAGUUUGAAGUAAAAACGGUUUCUGGAAAAUUGCUCUUUUCUGCAGAUGACAAUGAAGUGGUCGUGGGAGCGGAGAGAUUGCGAGUCUUAGGAGCUGAAGGCACAGUCUUUCCCAAAUCCAUAGAAACACCUAACGUCAGAGCGGACCCCUUCAAGGAACUAAGGCUGGAGUCCCCAACCCGAUCUCUAGUGAUGGAAGCACCAAAAGGGGUAGAAAUCAAUGCAGAAGCAGGCAAUAUGGAAGCCACCUGCAGAAGUGAGCUGAGACUGGAGUCCAAGGAUGGGGAGAUUAAGUUAGAUGCUGCGAAAAUCAAACUACCUAGACUGCCUCGUGGAUCCUACACACCCACAGGAACGAGGCAGAAGGUCUUCGAGCUCUGCGUCUGCGCCAAUGGGAGGUUAUUCCUGUCCCAGGCAGGAACUGGUUCCACUUGUCAGAUAAACACAAGUGUCUGCCUUUGAAGGACUAUCCAUAGUGGACAAUUGUCGGCAGCAUAAAGGCCCUUUUUGGCUUGAGACACUGGCUGCCAGCUAUUUUUACUAGAACACAGAAAGCCUAUCAAAGACCUUUUGUGUGUGUGUGUAUGUGCGUAUGAGUGUGUGUAUGUGUGGGUUGUGUGUGUGUGAGUGGAUAUAAAUAUAUAUAAAUAUAUAUAAAUAAAUAUAUAUAUAUAUCCUCUGUAUAAAAUGAGGUUUCAGUACAAAAGGAACCAUGGGUGACCCUGUGACAUUAUCCACUGUCAUUUUUCCACCCCAUCCCCAUCACCCACAUGACAGAAUCUAAGCACUCAUUCAGGAUCAGCAUUCCCCAGGCAAUUUCAAAUCACACUGUGGAUUGGGCACUUACAGAAUAUCCAUCAAUAUUUUCAAGUAAUCACCUAGCUUCUCUCUGAGUCAUUAGAGGCAGUGAUGGCGGGAAUCUUUGGAUCACUCUCCAGUGCUGAUAUAUUAGUAUAAAAGAUAAACAUUUGACCCAUCUGUAAUCCCAACUCCAGGCAACUUUGUAGUGAUGGGGGCCAGCCUGGGCUACAGAGUGAGACUCUCUUAAAAACAUAUAUAUUUGGUUUCCCUUUCUUAGCUUCAGCCAAGCUGGUCAAGUUCUUCUCUUCAAGAUAAGGAUAGGGUAUACCCGUAGAAAUUAGCCAUAGAAACUCAAAAUGGCCACCCUACCAUUGUAGACCAACAUACUAGGAGUUGUGUGGCUAAAUGAAUGGAGGCAGGGAGGUUGAAUUCUGUAAGAAUCACCUAACUUCUACUUAUUCUACUUCCUUUAAACUCACAUAUUCUCCCACAGUCAACGAGUAAGAGCUUUGAAUCACCAUAGAAGAGGAUACCAGCUCCUCUACCAUAGGAUUGAAGCUAUUCAAUGGCCAAACAGGCAAAGAAUACAUGGACGAGACAUCUCAUUUAAGGGAAAACUGUCUCCCAAGCUUUUAGGUUUUCACUUCUGACUUUACCUAACAAAUGGACAAAAAAAAAAAUCAUUAAAUCAACCAGAAUACAAAAGAGUGAGCCCAGAUCCCAAGAGUCAUUAUUUUAAGAUGGAAAUCUAACCAAGGAUACUAUAGGGUCGCUAACUAAUUUUCAUAAGUUUCUUGAGAUGGGUGGGACAUGUCGUAUUCUCAAGGGCUUGUAUAAAUUCUCUUGCUUUGCUCUUGUAUAUUUUGUCAGUACUGUGGUAUUCCUAUUCCUGAACUCACUGUUUUGUUUCUCUAGGAAUCAGAGAAUUGCUCAUGCCAAAUUAAUAUCAACAGAUCAUCUGUCCUCAUCAGAAUCACUGUGUCCCCUGGGCUCAGCAGCACCCGAUCCCCAUACAUGGAAAUAGUCUCUAAUUCCCGCCAUCAGCUACCUCUUCUCACCCUACCUUCAUUGCCAUGCCCCAGGGUCACCCUGGCCAGCUCUUGUGCUGGGACAGGGGAUUACACCAUCUCUGUUCAAAGAGGGGGAAAUGUGCCUAUGCCUUAAGCCAAUGCACUCAGCAAGGAGAAGCACAUCCUAUCUAUCUUGUUACCUGUAGUUUAUUUUGGGUGGUUGGAGGGAAAUGGUUUAGUCGAGACCGAGCAGCAGAAACUGGCAGACAAGCCAAAUGGUUUCCACAGCUGGACUCCGAGGAGCCCAGAGUGGAGGAAUAACUGGCUUAGCUCAUCCUUGAUGCUACUGGUGAAGCAACGGCCCUACAAUCUUGAAGGGAGUUGUAUUCGCAGGCCUGAGUGACACUUGUUUUUGUACUCCACAAGGUUCUCAUUUUUCUUACUCCACAAGCUCAACAGUUUGUUAUAGGAGACAAGAAAGAGGUUCGCUAUUUCUGAUGCGACAUGCAAAAACAGGCUGAGGUUCGCACCCACAGAAUGUACUCCUCGGUUGCUUAUUACCACAAAGCAGGGGCUAUUCUAACCUGACCCAUGACUUGGACUUCUGGCUAUGAGGCCAGGCCUGGUUCCCCUCACCCUCUCUGUGUAUCUUAUGCAGAGGCACUGGGUGGGUCGAUCUUAGGACAGGAACUUAAAAUUGUUCCAUUUGCAGCAUGGGAAUCUAAAAAGGGAUCCUAUGAGAGGCCACAGGUUACUGAACCUCUUAUAGGCCCUUUCGGCCAGAAUCUGCCAGUAUCACAGACGGGUAUCAUUUUCAGGACACCAAAAGCCCUUCCUAGCUAUUAGAAGCACCUACCCCAUAUUCUUCAGCUAAAAAAUAACUCUGAAGUCCCUUGUAUAAAGAAGAUAGGGUUGUUUGGGGGUGGUUGGAAGGGAUGUUUCAUUUUGUUUAAGAAGACAAAUUGCCUUUCCAUUUGGCCAUCUCACAGCCAUUGUCUUUGGAUAAGAAGAAACAAAGUUCCCUGAACCUUUCUGAUUUCAUUUAUAAUUGUGGGAUAAAGUCCUAUUCCUUGGUAAUUUUAUGACAAUUAAAAAUAUGGUGGUCACAUGCAAAAUUGAAUCCUAGAGCAAACAAAUCACACAAACACAAUAAAAUAGUAAUUGGGGAUAUAAAUCAAGAAAUCCCUGGAGCAAUAAAUGAUAUAAAAUUCUGGCUAAUUCUGGCUGUCAGUUAUGUUAAAGGACCACAGGACAUCAGAGGAUCUCUGGCAUGAGAAGAUUACUUAUCUCAGUUCAGACUGGAAACUAAGAUGCAUCCUUAGUUGUCAUUGAACUCCCCCUCAAUCCACCCACCCUACGCUCUCCAACCAGAAUAUUUGUCCAUGAUCAUGAGAAAAGCUUUCACCAGAAUUCUGAAGAAAGGGAGGUCAGCAUUUAUAUUAAUGUCUACUGACCCCUACUUUUUGAAAAUAGGAAUCUUUCUAAUCUUUAUAUAUAGUAUCUUCUAGACAAUCACACUCCUGGGUCUAUUAACCAGCUAGUGGGAUAACAGGAUUCAAAUGAAUCUUCAGCAUCCUAGAACUUCUGGUAUGCUAAUAUUCUUCAGAAAACAUUUUACAAAUCAAGAUGUGAUCUCCAGAUACAUUUAUGAUGUAGUUCUGUUCAGCACAUCUGUUUGGCAAAUCUUGGGAGUUUCACUUGGAGGGACUACCUCAAGAUGACCUAGGUUUUGAAGAGCUCCAUGGUCGUAUCUAUCUAGGUAGAAACUUGGUGUGUGGUUUCAUAAUUGUUACGUGACUAAGGAAUAGCACUGAAAGACUUGAACUAGCUUUUAGCUUCCUUCAUGUCAUUCUCUCUCUAAGCAAACCAUAGACCAAAGAAUACUUGAAGGUUGACCCUAUGGAAGGGUCAAUAAAUAAACUGGAGGCCCAAAUCUGACUCCACAGCCACAGACAUUUACAUGUCGUAUAUGAGCCAUGUCAUCUGUACCCCUACUGUUGGCUACAUGGCCAGCAAAAAAACAUUACGACUAUACAACUCUUUGUAGAAAACAUUUGCUGACCCCAGAGCUACAGGUCACCUGUAGACUGUGUUAGACAUGGUGGGACAGAAGGUGGAUUUCUCAGGAACAAGGAGUAGCCUGUGUUUCCACGGGGGCUUGGGAAUAUAAAACUUGGCUGAAGUUUUAAGAAGGACACAUCUAAGAGAGAAGGCAGCUCAGAGGACUCGGGGUAACUGAGAAAGUGGAAUGAAAAGCAGCCUGGGAAUAAGGAAGCUGUGUUCCUCCCUGGCUGGGUGUUUCUCAGGUGAGCAAUGCUUCUCAAGUGAGCAAUGCCUGACCUGAAUUGAGCCAAGAAGAGCCAUCUUGAUUCACAAUCUUUUCCCUAAAAAUACUCAAGUCCAUAUACACCCACAAAAUCUGCAUCUUCCCAUGUGCCAGAGAGACUUUCAUACCUAGUUUCUUUAGAAAAUACAUCUGACCUUUAUGACCUCCAUUACCUAUACCUCCACUGUAGCCACUUGUUCUACAGCUCCAGUUUAGACCAAUAAAUAACUGGAAGGAAAGCAAAACAAUAACAUCUUUAUAUAGGUAGGAAUAAACAGUGAAAUAUUUUCUAUGGAGCCAUUUCUAGAAGUGACCAGAUGAAUGGUAGUUUGUUUUUGCUCUUCAGAAUUUGGGUCUUUGUUCCCUUGGAGUGGAGGGAAUACAGAAAGAAUAUGUUUUAUCUUCACACACCUCUGCUUCUGUGUGGUAAAAUCACUUGCUAACAUAGGUCUGCCCCUUUUGCUGAUAGUGGUGUUGUGCUUAUUGUGAUAAACACGGCAUCAUGAUAAAUGAAGCUUUGUGGGUGUGAGUAUUUACCUUGGAGAGGCAGGAUGUGUUUCAAUGAGAAUAUCUACCAUUUUGGGUCCUUAAUCUACAUCACUACAGGAAAGCCCUCUGCCUUUCUCGUGAAUGCAUUUGAAGAAUCAAGUUGGCCAACAAAAUUAGACCCAAUGAGAGUAUCCUCGUUUUAUUUAUCUUAAACAAAAGAUAGCAUAAUGCUUGGGCCAAAGUGUUGAAUUCAUCCAUCUUUAAGUACCUGAUCCUUUAUUAAGGAUCAAUAAAAGAAAAAAAAACCUUAUUUAUGUAAGUUGCAAACAAAACCAGAUCUCCCUCCCCAUACCAUACACCACCUUAGGAAUUCUUAGGAACAAAGACAAGAUGAUAAAGAAUCAGUUUCUUGAAUGGUACACUUGCAUGACGCACCAGUAGCAGGCAAGUUGGGGAAAAGAUCUAAUGAAAGAAGUGACCUUAGAAAACAGACCUUUUAUCUCAAAGAUAAAAAGUCUCUCUGGCAGAUUUUCAUCACUUCUUCCUUGGAGGAAGGCUUCCCAGUUUCAACAUAUUUCCAUGAAAACAGUGAAGCUUACUGCACCGGGAUGUCAGAUGUAUCUCUUUCUCUGUGGCAAUCGGAAUUUUAAAUUGUACAGUUGCCUCUGAAUUUCCCAUUCACAAAACCAAACCACUGAUCAGUGAUAAAGCAGCCACCCGCCCGCUGCUUCAGGCAGCACAAUGCACCGUAGGCAUUAGCACUUUCUAAAGCAAUGUGAUUUCUAUGAGUCCUAAAAGCUUUCUUCGUAAUGGAGUCCUUGAAACUUGUCAAGGCGGGUCUGAAUGGCAAAGGGAAAAUAAUUGCUUGUGGGAGGUCCUCUUUCUGAGUUUAGGUGGAGCACAUGUAUAGAAGAAAAUCCCCUGGGAACACCCACACUCACACAGAUUAUUUGGUCCCUCCUUCCCCCAUCUUGCUUUUGUGGAAAUGGGCAGAGUAAGAAAUCAGUAUCUUUUUCUGAGGAAGAGAAAAUGUCAUGAGCCUUUGAUGCAUAGGGGGGUUAUGCCACAGCACAACAUUAAGGAUGCUGUCAGACCCAUCCCUAAGAGUUGCAAGAAUAGAGCUACCGCAAUGCCAGCUGCUGCCCCUUACCUUAAACCCAGCAACAGACAGCAUCAGAACACACUUGGAGGCUACCAAUUGGAACAGAUCAAAGGAACAUUUGCUACAGGCAAAAAGUGGCUUUGGAGUCCCAAUCUACCUGUCUUACUAGGAAGUCAGAGUCCUCAGCCAAAAGCCUCACUCAGCGUGUUGCCAUCCUCACUGACAAGUAUGUGGCUUUUGCUUCCUCACUAAAUACAACAAACUUGAAGCUGCCCUUGCUGAGAAAACAAGAAAGAAAACUGACAUUUAAGAUUUAAAAAAAAAUCUACCCCCUCCAUACCUAUCUUCACAGCCUACUUUAAUGGACCUCUGUCACUGGAAGAAGAGAUAGCUCCAAAGCAGACUGUUCAUUUAACUGAGAGUGGGUUGUCGGAGGACGGAGAGGUGGCAGUGGCCGAUAGGUGUUUAGUGUUCCCAUUCACCUGACUCGUGAGAUUCCAGGAUCUGAGGGCCAUGGUUAUUUGUUUCAGGACGGGGGCGGGGAGAGGCUAUCAAAUUUUCAUCACGAAAAGAGCCAUGUCCUCAAAACUCAUGCAUAAAACAAGAGGCUUUUUUGGAUCCACAGCCUCCCCUAAGAUAUGAAAAGAACUAGCCUCCACUUUCCAGUUGUUAUUAGAAUGGUAUGUUAAUAUUCAUUGAACUCUGCACUGGGCACUGUGCUAAAUGCUCUGUCUGCACCCAUUUAUUUCUUCCUCUGAACAGCGCUUUAGAGUUGAGCUCCCAACAAGGUUCCAGUUUACAGAUAUAAAAAAUGGGACCUCAAGAGGCUAGGAAACUUAUUCAAAUUCACUAUCUAUAAAAUGACCAAGCCAGAGUGUGAGUCUCGUCCCUGGGCAGUUCACUAACAUUCAAGUUUGUUUUCAAGUUGCUGGGGAGUGCUUCCCUCCUAGGUUUUAGAUCAGACUUUCUAGAAUGAAAUAGACUACAGAACUUUCACAUCUCCGUUUUCUGUAGUUUCUUAUCAGAGUUGCAUACAAUAGUAAGGUGUGGAUAUGUGGAGCAGACAUAGAGAAAGCCUGACUAAGUUACAGAGUCUAGAACAACAAUAACAAAACCAAACAACUGCUUUGUUCUGGGUAUGAGUCUUGUUAAGUCAGACUUCUAGUCCUUAGAACUGGAGGGAAGCUCACUUGUGAGUCUCGUAUGUAGGAGAAAAUCUGGAUGCUCAGUAAUGCAUCUGUAUGGAUGAACAAUGCUUUGUUCCCAAUAUAUAUUAUUUCCUUCUCCUACAGCUCCCUCCAAAAAUCAAGUGUCUUAUGUGAGAUCCUUGACCAUAUUAGGCUUUCUUCUCUCCCUUUACUUCUAGUAAAAUAAAAUCAUCAAGUAAGUCGGGGCUCAAUCUCUGUCACUGAGAGUCACCUAGGAUUCAAUCUUAAGCAUUCAACACCACCUGAAGAAAGCCACUUUGACUCUGUAGUGACUUACUCCCCAGCCCAUCACAACUAUCACUAAAGGCCAUAUCCCUCCAAGGUGCAGAAUUCUUCCCACUAGAGGCCAUCACCACCAAUUCUCAUGAGUUGGAUAUGAUAGCCAUUCUCUACUUAACCAGGGAGCUUCUUUUAUAUUGGUGUCCCACCCUCAGCCCUGAGGCUGUAGGUAUUCUAGCUAAAAAGCAGGAAGCGAAUACAAUCGACAGCUCAUUAUAACUGGGUAGCUUUGAACACUGGCACCUUCUGAACACAGAAUUGGAGUUUGGUCCAUAAGAGUAAAUAGACAAGAUCUUUUUGGAAAACCUAACUCAGCCAAGGUCUGUCUGAACAGAUUACACACCACUAUGUCCUUGUGACAGUCAUGCUGUCGGUCUCCCAGAACCGAGAGAUGCUAUAAAGAUGGGAUGCUUGUGUUUCUAUGUGCAGCCUUCCCAUGACAGUAGAGAGUCUGGACACUCUCACACUCAGCCCCAGGGCUAGAGCUUGUUUGUGUCCACCUCUCAUUCACUAGAAUGGAUUCACUAGAACUGUAAACUGUGAAAUCCCUUCCAAUGGUGUCAGUUUCCAAAUGGCAAAUCAUGUAUGAGCACCUUUAAGGGGUCUUAAGUCAUCAACCUCCCUGGACAAAUAUUGGAAAUCACAGCAAAGGAAAAGGAACUGAUGGGUUACAUAGGCUAGAUUCACACAAAAGCCGCUGCUAGCUGAUGUUUCCGUGAGGAAGUGGGGUACAUUUUCUCAUCUCUCUUAGUCAGCAUUUUCCCUCUGAGAGACCACAAAGCCACAGAAACCUACCGAAGGUACCCAUGCUUUAGAUAGGAAAGCAGGACAUCUGUCAUGAUGGGACUGAAUACCCUUUGGAGAAGACACUCUGGGGCGCUUAACAGAAAAGGUGAGGUCAUAGAAGUUGACAUGGAAGUCGGUUUGUUUGGCGAUUAGGAACUUUGGAAAAUGAACCUCAUCUGAAUUUGACCUUUGUGUUAUUUUAGGUUUUGUUUUGUUUUCUUUUUCCUCUGGGUUUGGUGCGAUGUGAGAAGAGUAUUUUAGUUUUGUUUUAAAUAACAUCGAUCCUUGCACACUCUAUGCAAAAAUUUUGUAAGCAUUGCAAUAAUGCUAUGAAUUACAAGGAACUAUUUUAACUUUAUUACACUUUCUGUAUAAAAAACAAAUUUGUAUUUAAUAUUAUUUCAACUGCAGUCUUGUA